AUGUCACGACGGUCCUCUUACCAGGCGAAUCGUGAAAGUUUCGACAACUGCGACGAGGAUGCUGCCUUCUUGACUAAUGCUGCACCCCAGGCAGGGCACUCUCCUCGCUCAAAUCAACAAAAGAGCAGUAAUACCAACCACCACCACGAUGAGGGCGAGUAUGAAUAUGACCGUGGUCAUCUGCGGGAACAGCACUCAUCACAACAAGCGACUGCCACUACGGCCACUACAUCAGGUCGGCAGGUCUCUGGUCAACGAGGCGCCACCAUCACCAAAUCCACUACUACCACAACCACUACUGCAAAAAUUUCGUCAACUGUCUCUGUCGAUGAAAUAUCCGUCUUGACCUCUGCAGCAAUUGACCCUCUGAGUCUGCCAGCAACACGCCCGGAGGCGCUCUCCCCCUCUUCACCAGUUCCACCGGAACUCCCUCAGCAACUGCAGCAACAACAGGAGCCAACAUAUUCAAAAUGGAGCACGAUUAUCCAUCAGCUAUCCUUCUUGGGAACCGGCAUCUUUUCAACCAUUGCUGUUCAAUGGCUCUAUUACCAAGGAGCAGCCUCUGGAUCAACGAUGCUGACGGUGUUCUUCAACUACAUUGGAAUGAUGGGCGUGGGAUUGGUCUAUGCUCUCCAGUCCUGGUACGCGGACCGGAAACAACGUCGAAUGGCAGCAACAGCAGGAGGCGGACGCACCCAUGUCGAAUACGAUGUCUUGAUGACCGAGGUCAACGAGAUGACCGAAACUAAACACAACCGUGUCAACAAAGGCACUCUUCAGGGAACCAUCAACAACAACUUGGGCCGCACAAGGAAGUCACUGGAGACAGAGACUCAUGUGCUUGGGCCUAUCGACGACUCGGACGAGGAGGACUUUGAUGAAGAGGAUGGACUGGAUGAAGAAAAGUACAGACUGCGAAAGGAUCGAUCGUCAGGCUCUGACGAGGUCUUGACUAUGGACACCACAACCACCAACAGCAACACCGCCGAGCAGGACGCAAAAUCGUCGGCAAGGCGGCUGCACUGGCCUGUUAUCCAGGUAGCGGUCAUGGAUGUGAUUGCCAAUGCCAUGGUCACCGUUGGAUUCUUCUACGUCGGCAGUGGGAUGUACCAAGUCAUUUACAGUUCAAUCGUGAUUUGGUGUGCCAUCCUUACCCGCAUUUUCCUUUCUCGCAAGCUCAACAAUAUCCAGUGGGUGGCCAUUUUUGGUGUCACCAUUGGUUUGGCGAUCAGCGCCGUCGGCACUGUCCAGGAUGCCUCGCCUGAUGGGCCAGUUCAGAGCUGGAUUGAAAAGUCUUUUGGUGCAUUGGUGACAUUGGGCGCAACAUUUCUGUACGCGUGCGUCUACGUCCUGUCAGACAAGGUCCUCUCCACCACAAAACCCACCCCGAUCCCAGAAAAGGUCUGCUCGAUGGUCGGUGGUUACGCCUCCCUCCUGACGUUCCUCUACCUCUGCGUUCACACGUUCCCGAACUGGAAGACGGAGGUCAUGGAUGUGAUCGCCAACCGACAGGGGAGCACGGUCGGGAUCCUGUUGGUCUACCCACUCUUGGUCAUCUCCUCGAUGCUUCACUCGCUCAACUAUUACGUCCUUCUGUCUCGGAUCAACAAUAUCGCUGUUGGUAUCAUGCAGUCACUGAGGGCUGUGCUCGUGUUUGUGAUGAGCCAUUACUUGUUCUGUGGGGUCUCGAGUACUCAGUGCUUUAACCAGUGGAAGUUCAUGUCUGCGAUUGUCGUCAUUGGCUGUGUUACCCUGUUUUCUUUCAACAGCAGCCCUUCUAAUUCUCAUGCCAAGGCGGACGGAGUUCAGGCUUCUUCGCCUGUUGCGGCUCUUAAGACUUCAGCUUCCAGCUCGAGAUCUUCAUCGCCGAUACCCCAUCAUCGAAGAGGCCAGACUUCCGAGUCACCUUAG